AUGAACACUAAACGACUACGUAAGAAGCGGUCGCUACCUGUUGGACUGUUACCACCUCAAGUAGCGUGGCUCGACGGAAUUUCGAUGGGUGUAACAUCUUUGGUUUCCAGGCCUCGAAAUUCUCAUCGAGUCGACUAUUUACUUACCGUUGUGUGUGAAAGCCACGAUUUGGCUGAAUCUUCCACCUGGCACUUGGUGCGCACCUUUGACGAAUUUCGCUACUUUCGUAAGCGUCUUACCGCAAUUUUGCGCCGUGGCCACUUUUGUCAUGCUGAGUGUCCGUGGUUAUUCACGUUUUUAAAAAGCUACUACCCAAAAUCUCAAUUGGUUGGAGGCACAUUAUCAAAAGUUGUAAACCGACGACAAAAGACAUUAACACGGAGUUUAGCGACAAUUCGCAGCUUUUUGAUGAAAAGAAGCAAUCACGUCUGUCCACUAGUGAUGCAAGGAGUUGCACUCGAGCUUCUUGAAUUUAUUGUAGGAGGUCAACAAGAAGUUGAUUUCGACAGGCAUGGGAAUGUUCCUGAAUGGCUACGACAACAUUUACAAAAAUGGCAUAAUGGAGAUUUUGACUUGGAGAUAUCCACAAACUUUGACAAGACAGAAUCUGUCAAUCCUGGCAUCAAAACAGACAUUUGUGCUGUAUGUAACCAUCCGUUGGAUGGUCUCAAUCAAAAGGAGCGAGAGGCAGCGGUGGAGGGAGAUCGGUGGUCUCAGAUUGCAGCUGUUGAGUCGUCCUCGGUUCUACUAUGUGGUCAAAAUUUUCACGAUGGAUGCUUGAGCAACAGACAUAAUGAAUUUCUUGCUUGUCCAACGUGCGGUCGCGAAAAGGCUACUGCUGGUUAG